UUUCUUUUAAAAUAUAAUACAUAAACACAAAACACAGCAGUCGAACAUUUUUCAGUUUGUGCUUAUGUUUGUAUUGUAUGUACAUGUGUUGGUGAAUCUUUCUAGUUAAUACACUGUGCUUAAAAAAGCAAAGAAGCUUCUUAUGAUUUUUUUCUUUUUUGACUUACAGUAUUUGUGAGUUAUGACAAUUAAAAGAGAUAUUUAAAGACAUACCAGUUACAUAUUUAUAUUCAGGUGAUGAUAUGUAAUUGGUCGAUUUAUAUUAAAUGUAAGAUUUUUUAUAAAAAAUAAUUGUCAUGAGACAGUGCAAUAGAAUUGGAGAGAGAGAGACAAUAAAAGAAAACACUGUAGUAAUUAAGCUUCUCAUUAGUGAACUGCUAAUGUAAUCGUAUUAUUUUCUACCAAUAUAACGAAAAGGAUUUUCUCACAAGGAUAUCAAUCAAUUAUACACUUUAUUUUCUUUUUGGUGGGGAACUUUAUUAUUGUUGUUAUUAUUAUGUUUACAAUAUCAGAGAAUCGUAAUGAAACAGUCAGAUUUCAAGCAUCCCCAUUUAACUCACUAUCAUUGUCCUCACCACCGUCAAUCUGUUCACGAAGAUCUGAUCGUACAACUGCAAGUAUAAAACAGAAAAAAUAUAAUACAUAUGAAAAAGAAAUUAUUAUUCGACGAACACCGAAUAUUUUUGUACAUAGUGAUAAUGAUGAUAACAGUAAUAAUACUACUACUAAUAAUAAUAUUCAAAGUAUUAUUAAUAAAACAAAUCAAGAGAAGAAAAAACAGAAAAAGAAAAGAAAUAAAGAUGCGAAAUCUACUUCUUUUAGUCAAUGUUUUAAUUGUUGUUUUCGUAAAAAGUCAAAAUCAUCAAAAUCCUCUACUUUCUUUACUAGGCCAUCUGAUAAUAAAAGCAAUAAAACUAACAAUGAUAGUAUGGAUGAUGAGAAUAAAAAUAAAGUGUUGAAUGAAUCUUUGGAUGCCGAAUACAAUGAUACAAAUGAUCCAGAAGAAGCUAAUUCAAGAUUAAAGGAUUGUUUUAAAACAUAUGAAGAACGUCAAAAGUAUAAGUCAAUUAUUCAAGAUGCUCCACUUUAUCAAAUAUAUACAGAAAAAGUUGCACGUAACGAAUCAAAACGUGAUGCACGACGUCUUUUAGCUAUUGUUCAACCGGGUUCUGUACAAAAUCCAUCAAACAACUUGAAAUUCAAUGAUGAUUUAUUUGCUGCAAUAGACGGUGAUGACUCUGAAGUAAAUAAUCAGUAUUCACCAACAUUGCUAAAUAAUGGAAGAAACAGUCCACGGUCAUCAUAUCAUACAAAAAAUUCUGGACGAACAGAUGCAAUUAUUCAUUCACUGAAUGGUGACAGUUCACAAGUUAAACCCAGCAAUACUGAUACAUCAAGACCUCCAUCAUAUAAACGUAGCCAUUCUAAUUCAACCAUCAGUGAAAAAAGUGGAAAUCGAAAGACUCUCCCUAAGCCUCGUAGGCAAACGCAUGAAGUUCAAAACUUUGUGAAUGAAGUUGCUGGAACUGGACCUAAUCGAGUGCAAUGGGCUGCAAUGCCUCAAGUAGUCAAUGCAGAACUUGCUAAAGACAUGCCUGAGUAUCAAAGGAAGUUGCAAGAAGCAUUAUUUGAAGUCAUAACAUCAGAAGCAUCAUAUUAUCGUACACUACACAUUUUAAUGGAAAAAUUCUACAAAGCUCCAUGUAUGCAACCAGAAUCAAAAUCUUCAGUGAUAUCAGCUACAGAAAAACGUCAUUUAUUCUCAAAUAUAUCAGAAAUAUUUUUUACAAGUGAAACAUUUCUUCGUGACAUGGAGUUAUAUUUUCUCCAGAAUCCCCUGAUACCACAACUUUGUGAAAUUAUUUAUGAACAUGCUGAAUUUCAUUUUGAAAAUUAUGUGAAAUAUGUACAAAAUCAAAUGUAUCAGUUAAGAACUUUAUCAAAAUUACAAUCAUCUCCAGCUUUUGUAGAAGCUGUUCGUUCAGUACAACAACAACCAAGCUGCGGAUUUUUAGAUCUCAAUUCAUUCUUGCUGUUACCAAUGCAGCGUGUUACACGUUUACGUCUGUUAUUGAUUGCUAUAUUACAUUAUGCUCCCAAGAACAGUGUAACUUAUCAAGGCGGUUUGGUAGCACUUGCUUCUUUGGAAAGACUUAUAGGUAAAUGUGAUUCAGAAAAAGCUCAUAUGGAACAGAAAGAACGUCUUGUAGAUUUGUGUCGAAGGUUAGAAUAUAAAUAUGAUGCAAAGUCUUUGGCAACUGAAAGUCGGACACUUGUAAAAGAGGGCGAUCUACGCAUAUUAACAAUGACAAAUGCACAUAGCAGUGGAUUUCAUCGUCGAUUUAGCAGUAUUCGUAAACCUAAACCAGCAGUUGCUACCUUAUUUCUAUUCAGUGACUAUCUAUUAAUUACAAAGAAACGAAGUUUAGCAUCUGAUUCUGGGUGCUUAAUCCUCUGCUCAUCUUUUCUUAAUCCAAGUAAUCAACAUUUAUUGGUCGAGGAUAGUUGCUCUUUGGAUUAUAUUCAUGUGGAGGCAAAAAAUACACCACCCAAUAGCUUUGUACAUCAUUUCUGUCGACCUGGAAAUCCUGAAUUAAAUUCACAAUUAGGACAUGCUACUUUUGUAAGAACAUUAAGUCUUUCUAAACCAACUACUAAUGAAAUAGUCAACUUUAAUAAUCAAAGAACACGGAAAUUUUCCACAGAUAUGUCAAAUGGGCCAGAUGUUGCACUCAAUGCAUUUUCAUUCCUGUUAAUCAUAGAAGGUCCUGAUCAUCCGCGUGUACAAUAUGAAUUCCAAACAGAAACGCUGUCAAAAAGAGAACGAUGGUUGGAUGGUCUUUCAGCUGGUCGCCAUGGUGUACCCGAAAAACUAGGCUCUGAAAUUUGUGAAUGUCCUCAAGUGCUUAUCACUAAACCUUAUUCUGCUCUUGAAUGCGAUGAAUUGGAGUUGAAAGAAGGAGAUCAAGUUAAUGUGCUUAUCAGUCUAUCAGAUGGUUGGCUUAAAGGAGCACUACCUGAUGGUAGACGUGGUUGGUUCCCAAGUCAUAUUUGUGUUGAAGUCAAAGAUUCAUCAAUGAAACGUGAAAAUAUGAAGAAUUUCAUGCUUAUGGAAGAAGCUAAAGCAGCUUAUUGGGUGCGAAAAAAUCGUGAAACAUUCGAUGGCUUUCCUAGAGUGAAAGAUGUAAGAAGAAGUCAGCGAGAAAUGAAGACUAAUAAACAAGGAUAACUCAAAAUUAACUAUGAUAAACCUUUAUUGUUAAGGUAUAUACACGGUGAAGUGGUUAUCGAGAAUAUAUAUAUAUACAGCAAACAAAUGAUAUAAAGGCCAUUGUUCUCUUUUCUGCAUAAUCUUUAACUUUCGUUUAAAUGCUAUACUAAAUGAAAUGACAAAUCAAUAUGUCUCUUUGGAAUAUUCUAGUGAAAUUCUAUCCCUCUUUUAGAUCCUUUUAUUUUGCUGUCUUCAGUUGCAGAUUAUAUUUCUACUACAAGCAUAUUUACUAUUAUACAUGCUUGCUAGAUGAUCACUCAGACAUAUAAUUAUUACUUAUAAAUAUAUGAUUAUUUAAACUUGUACAUUUCUAUUGCUUUCGAAUAAAUUAGAUGAUUUGUAAAAUCUUAGUUCUGAUUCUUCUUUCAACUAAGUUAUCAUAAACAAUAAGACUGUCAAAUACAUUGCCUCGUGAUUUACAGUGAACUAAUAUUACCAAGUUGACUGUAACAAAGUAACUCAGAAGAAAACGAAUUAAUUAGUUUAUCUAAGUGUAGAUCUUGAGUAAUGCGGUGAUAUAUAACUCCAUGUUAACUCGUUUAUCUGACGUGAUCCCAGAUAAGAUGAUACCUAAGGCUCCUGUCGUAGCAUUUGCCAACUUACGUCACCUCCAGCGCAUAGACUUGAGUGCCGCGUAGCAGUUUGAACCAUCAUUCUCCAUGGCCGUUGAAAGUGGAAGAAAUGAGGAGGUUAACCACGUUUGAUCAUAGAUGUCUGCGUCAUAUCGUAAGAUAUCA